GUGACAGAGGCCCAAGGUACAGCUUCUGCCCUGAGCCUAGACCAUGCUGCCCAUGACCCUUGGAAAUCAGUCAGCUGUGACCAUGUUCAUCCUGCAGAGCUUCGUAGAUGACCCCUGGCUCCAGGCAACCCUCUUCUGCCUUUUGUUUGCCUUGUUUGUGGUGGCCAUAGUUGGCAAUGGUCUGAUUGUCAUGACCAUCCAUAGAAGUUCCAACCUCCACACUCCCAUGUACUUCUUCCUAGUCAACCUGGCCCUGCUGGAUGUGAUCUGCACUGUGACCGUCCUGCCCAAGGUUCUUCAGAGCCUGGUGGCAGAGAACACCAUCUCUUAUGGCGGAUGCCUCACCCAGAUGUUUGUUUUCUCCUGGGUCCUGGGCUCUGAACUGCUGCUCUUCUCUGCCAUGGCCUAUGACCGCUACUUGGCCAUUUGCCGGCCAUUGCACUACGGCACCCUCAUGAGUGGCAGGGCCUGUGUAGCCCUGGCAACCUUUGUGUGGUUCACAGGGGCUCUCAACUCCCUAGUGCUCACUUGUCUGGUGCUGCCACUGUCCUUCUGUGGUCCCAAUCUCAUUGCACACUUCUUCUGUGAGAUCCCUUCUGUGUUGCUGCUAUCCUGCAGCCCCACGUUUAUCAAUGAUGUCAUGACCGUCAUUGCAGACAUGUUCCUGACUGGUCUGAACUUCCUGUUGACCAUGUUGUCCUAUGGCUUCAUCAUCACCAGUAUCCUACGCAUCCGCUCAGUUGAAGGCAAGAAACGUGCCUUCUCUACCUGCUCUGCCCACUUGGUGGUAGUUACCCUGUACUAUUCCACUGUGCUCUACACCUAUGUCCGGCCAGCCCUAGGAUCUUCUGGGCUCUUGGACAAGGCCGUUGCUGUUCUGUACACUUCUGUGACUCCCUCUCUCAACCCCCUUAUCUAUACCUUGAGAAAUAAAGAAUUCAAAUCAUCCUUUAAAAAACUCCUUUUUCCCCCUUUGAUG